GCCAGCUGAGCAGUGAGUAAGGCAAAACAGCUGAGCGGGAGCAGAGUAGAAUUUUAAAAACUGUUUAAAACUAAACUGCCUUCAGGCCAGGUCCAACAGUUAUAAACGAAACUCUAAAGCGUAAAGUGUACGACAGAAACGAGGUGCAUUAGCCAAACUAACCCUUGCUGCUGUAAAAACAAAAUCAACCAAAUAAAUAAAUAUUUAUGUCAACGUUAAUUCUUAUGUUUGACUGUGUUUACCUGCCUGCUGUCGUCUCAAAAUAAUUACAUAUCACAAAUAUUUAGUGCCUACAUACAUACAUAUCUGUGAUAGAAGUAAACACAAACACAACAGCAAAGUUGUUAGAAAGUAAAAACAAAAGCCAUAAAAAAAAUUAAAUAAAUUAACACAUUAGCAUAUCAACUUGAAAAUUACGAUGGAAAAAACGAAAAUGCACAUAAAAUAUUUAUGUGCAUCGUCACAGUCGCUGCAGUGGCUGCUGCUGAUCGCCGUCACCUUUUCCACACUUCACAACAGCAUUGAAUGCGUCGAAAUUCCAACACGUUUCCUAUACAACAAACACAGUGCAGAUGCGCCGGCGGCUAACACAGCGCAGAAUGUCAAUGCGAACGCGCUGGCGCGGGUGCGGAGAGACGUUGAAAGUGCAAAUGAAGUGGAACUUAUGAACUUCUACAAAGAACUGGAUAACGUGACAGACGUAACGGAAUUCAUAGAACGUUUCGUCGAAAGGGACACAAUUGAUCCAAAAUUAGGCUUACAAGGAACCUUCAGACGCAGUGUAGAACGCGCAAAUGUACAAAUACCCAAGGCAGCUAAUUGUAUACCCGAGAGCACCGUUGUACCGCUCACACCACUCGAACCGUCACGUGAUCCCAAAGUCGUCUACUUUCCGAAAUGUACGCGCGUGAAACGGUGUGGCGGCUGCUGUGGUUCGCAGCUGAUGUCGUGUCAACCCACCGAAACCGAGACAAUCAACUUUGAGGUGACCAAAAUUUACCAUGGCGACAGUACGCGCAUACGUGGCAAGGAGAUCGUUGUGGUGGAGCAGCAUACAAGGUGUCAGUGUGACUGUCGCAUCAAGGCGGAGGUAGGUAGGCGGGAUUGCAAUUCAUACCAAAUUUAUCGUCGUGACAUGUGCAGUUGUGUGUGUACGAAUGAGGAUGCGCUGCAAAAAUGUUUAUCGCAAGAGCACAAAUACUGGGAUGAAACAACUUGCCGAUGUGUCUGCCGUGAUAGCCAAUCCUGUACGACUGGCACAAUAUUUGACGAAAGUCAGUGCGCUUGUAUUGAUGUGAGUACUCAGGAGUAAAAUGUAAAAACAAUAAAAUUAAAGUACAUAUAUGUAUGCAUACAUACGUAAAAUAUGGUUUCGGAUGCAGCCAAAUGUACUUAAAAACUUAUGGAUAGGGGAAUAGAUUACCAUUUGUACUUUAUUAAAUUAAAAUGCUAAAGAAAUGCGU